GAGGGCCACUAGACCCUUGACUCUGCCGCUCAGUAUAUAAAGGCCCGGCGUGAUCCUCUCAGCAGCCAUUAGAGCGCCGACUAGACCUGUCCUACGACAGUGUGAGUCGCCAAGAUGCGCUCCGCGUUACUCAUCACCACCCUAGUGGCGUCCGCCCUAGCAGGACCCACUGGCGUAAGGGAUUCCUGUGCCCAACAUUGCUCACAGGACAAUAUAUUUUCCUACCAACAAGGCCGAAGCUACGAAUAUGAAUACUCUGUCACCACCACGACGGGUCUUCUGGGCGACCAGGAGAACGAGGCGCUGGUACAGAUCACAGCCCGGGCACACAUCGACGUUCUGGCCCCCUGCGAAUACACCCUCAGAUUGACUAAGGUCAGUCUGCAAGGGUCGUCCCACAGCGAGGAGAUGGCCGAGGCGCUGACCCGUUCCAGCCUCCGCUUCGCCUUCCAAGACGGAAACGUCGAGGAGUUGUGCGCCGCCGAGGCCGAGGAAGCCUGGGUCCUCAACUUCAAGCGAGGCGUGCUGUCCGCCUUCCAGACCUCCCGCACCAGCCCCGGCAACCACGAGGUACACGAGACCGACGUGCUGGGCAUGUGUCUGACGAACUACGAGAACAAGCUGGAGGGCGACGUGCUCACCGUCGUCAAGGUGAAGGACGUGCGCUCGUGCAGCAGACGUGCCGACAUCGCUUCGUACCUCUCCUCCGCCUACAGCACGGACUCGCCCGUGCAGAGCCUGCCCAUCAUCGACAGCACCAGCUUCUGCACGCAGAAGGUGGAGGGCGGCGUGCUGACCGACACCCACUGCGAGGAGACCCACAGCUUCACGCCCUUCAGCGGCCAGCGAGGCGGCGCCGUCACCAGCGUGGACACGAGACUCACCCUGGUGGCGCGCGACGGGCCGGCGAUCACGCCCACGGAGCAGAGCCUCGUGAGGAAGACUCCCGUGUUCGAGGCGGCCACCGAGGCCACCGCCCAGGACCAGGUGGAGGCCGUGACCGCCCUCCUCACCCAGCUGGACGAGGCCGCCCGCGAGGAGGUCCGCCCCCAGGCCCCAGCACUGUUCUCCAGGCUGGUCAUCGUCCUUCGGGGCCUCGACUACCCGGUCCUGUCCCGGAUCUACGCCGCCACCACCGAGACGCACCCCCGCAGGUUCCUGGUGGACGCCAUGCCGCUGGUGGGGACCGCCGCCGCCGCGGGGCUCGUGCGGGACAUGUUUGCCAACGGCGACAUCACCCAAGAGGAGGUCGACGCCUGGUUCACCUCCCUCGCCCACCUCAAGAACCCGACCUCCGACAUCUUCACCGCCAUCGCCCCGAUGCUGGAUAACGAGCCGAGCCAGAGCGCUCUGUUGGGCACCUCGGCGCUCGUCAACACCUUCUGCAAGACCCACGCUGCCUGCGGCGACGACUCCGGCGUGCAGCAGGUCGUGCGCCGCGUGGAGGCCCAGCUCGGCUCGGGCUGCCGCGCCCUCAACGAGGAACAGAAGGUCAAGAUCCUGGUGGCGCUGCGGGCGCUGGGCAACGCCGGCCGCUGGGUCAACGCCCGCCCCGUGCUGCAGCGCUGCUACACCGAGGACAACGACAUGGAGGUGCGCGUGGCCGCCAUCGAGGCGUGGAGACACACGCCCUGCGAGUACGACCGCUCCGGCCUGCUGGCCGCCUACCUGGACGAGGCGCAGGACCCCGAGGUGCGCAUCGCCGCCUACCUGUCCGUCAUGACCUGCCCGACGCCCCAAGUCCUGGCCGCCGUCAGGGACCGCCUCACCUCCGAGGGUGUCAACCAGGUGGGCUCCUUCGUGUGGACGCACCUCACCAACCUGCAGGAGUCGGCCGCCCCGGGCAAGGAGUGGGCGCGCCUGCUGAUCGGCGAGGAGCUGCUCGCCAACAAGUUCACCACCGAGGCGCUCAGGUUCUCGCGUAACUACGAGUCCUCCUUCUUCAUGAACGAAAUCAACCUCGGCGCCGCCGUCGAAAGCAACGUGAUCUUCUCCAGCAAGUCGUACCUCCCACGCUCCGGCAUGCUCAACCUCACCCUCGACCUCUUCGGCGAGUCCGUCAACCUCUUCGAGGUAGGCGGCCGCAUUGAGGGCUUCGAAAACUAUCUGGAGCGUCUCUUUGGCCCCGACGGCUACUUCCCCGAGGACACCGUGGCCGCCGCCCUCCGCGGCAUGCAUCACCACAAGCCCGAGGCCGAGGCCACCACGCUGGAACAGUUCCUGGAGGACGCCACCGACGAGCCCCGCGGCUCAUACUACCUCCGCCUCUUCGGCAACGACGUGCACUACCGACGCUUCCACGGCCUGGGCGGCAGCAGCAGCCAGGCCGAGCCGAGCCCCUUCUCCCUCCUCAUGGAACUGGCGCGCGGCGGCAACGUGGACUACACCAAGUCCUACCAGCUGCUGGACACCCACAUCUCCGUCCCCACCGUGGCAGGCCUGCCCCUCACGCUGGGCGCCAAGAGCUCGGCCACGGUGGGCCUCAGGAUGGACGGCUCCUUCAGGGCCCAGAGUCUGGCUGACGUGCGCAUCGAGGGCCACGUGCGUCCCUCGGCCGCCGUGACCGUGGACGGCGUCAUGCUGGUGGACGCCCACGUGACGCGCGCCGGAGUGAAGGUGUCCUCCACGCUGCACACCUCCACCUCCCUGGAGGGCAAGGUGACCAUCGACGGCGGCGUUCUGGUGGACGUGGCCUUCAACACGCCCAAGCAGCGCAUGGAGAUUGUCAACUACGAGAGCAAGUUCUUCCUCGUGCAGGACAGCGAGGAGGUGGAGCGUGACCAGGCCACCCGCUCGCGCGAAGGCUGCGUCGACAGCUACCUCGGCAUGGCGGUGUGCAGCGAGGUGGCCUUGCAGCCACGCGCGCUCCUGCCCAGUGUCCUGCGAGUGUACCUCGACAAGACCGACACCCAGACCGGCUACACCUUCCGCUUCACGAAGACCCCCACCGAGAUCGCCGUCGUCUUCAACAACCCCGAGGCGAGGGUCUCCCGCCGCGUGGCGCUGACCCUGCGGGCGGAGAACAGCAAGGUGGUCGCGGAGGCGGACACCUUCCUCGGCAAGGUGGAGGCGCGCGGGGAGUACCUUUGGUCCCGCGACAAGAAGACCGUGCAAGCGCGCGCCGACGCGGGCCCCCUCAAGUUCAACAUUGACGCCGGACUCCUGACAAGCUUCGGCAGCGAGAAGAAGGUGGAGACGUACCUGCAGCUCGACGCGGGCCAGACCAAGCUCGUCAACGCCAAGGCAGAGCUCGCGGCCAUCCCCCAGCAGAACUCCUACUCGGCAGACCUCUUCUUCGCCUACAUGGAACAGCCCAUGGGCAUCAAGGUUUCCUACGAGGGCGCCGCGGCCACCAAGGGCCUCGGCAUCACGUUCACCUCCAAGACCCUGGACGCAACCCUGGACGGCAAGCUGGACCUAGCCGCCAAGAACAUCCAGGUCACCACCGGCGCCGACAUCAUGCUCCCCAACACUGAAACGAAACGCUUCGACUCUACGCUGCUCCUCGAGAUGGAGCGGGAAGGCGACGCCACGACCUACUCCUCGAGGCUCGACAUCAACCUCCCCUACCACGAGGACCCGGUGGUCAUGAAGUACGGGUUGAAAUUCUCCCCGACGGAACUUAACUGCGAGUUCGAUUACAAGCAAGGAAGCAUCGACCUGACCGCGAGGGAGGAGUGGCUACACACCUACGAGGCCGGCGUCAGGAGGAUCAAGGGACACGUGUCGACGAAGAGCGAGUACCUCAACAUCGAGCAGACGGCGAACACUGAGAUCAUCUUCGCCGCGGACACCAUCUACCUCAAGUCGGUGGUGGACCGUAUCCGCGGGGACGACGCGGGGACUCACACCUUCCUCGUGGACCUCAAACGCAACCCCGGAACUUCUCUCACGGGCCUCAUCAAGUUCGACACGGUUGCCAAGUUCACCGCCACAGCCGAGUUCCUCAAAGUGAACCCAGGACACUACACGGCGGAGGUGGAAGCCAACGCCUGGAGCCCCAUACGCGGCGACCUUCCCCCCCUGAGCGCCAAGGCCACACUGAAGGACAACUCCGGACCCGCCAAAUUUGACAUCAACGCCGAGGGAUCCUUCACCUUCCGAAACACCGACAUCAGCGUGACCUCAGUGGUGUACGGUGACCCCCAGCAGGCAAAGGUUGACCUCCAGACGAAGUUCAACAGCAAGACGUACGGGAUGAAGGUCGACGCCACAAGGUCUUCGCUCCUCAUCGACGCCAACGUUGUGAAACAUGUCGUGGUUAACGCGAAGAUGAACCACCAAGGCCCGGAGAAGACCCUGGCCGUGGGCGUCGAGUGGGACAAGGAGACCAACCCGGACAACACCUUCAAAAUUGAGGGGAAGAUCGCACCCAACACAGUCACGGCAGACUUCAAGUUCCUGGAGAAGGAGUUCAGCACCGUGGGCCGCCUGGUGCCCCAGGGCGUGGAGGCCGAGGCCAGCUGGUCCCCCAGCCAGCGGGCCGCCGCGUCCUUCCAGUACGCCCUCGGCGCCGCCCCGUCCGUCACCGCCAGCCUGGAGACCACCGUGCCGGGCUGGGAGAAGCAGGGCGUGGACGUCCGCGCCUCGCUCCAAGACAACGAAGUCACCUGCCGCGCCUCAGCCACCUGGAGGAACAGCCAGCAGGCAGCGCUCGCCGUGGUCGGCCGCCUGCAGGACGGAGGGUCCCUGCAGGGCGAGGUCACCUUCAGCAGCACCAUCCCCGACAUGGAACGGUUCUCGCUGACCUUCGAGCACACGAUGGCCGGCGCCGCCAUCACCUCCAGUCUCCAGGGCGCGUGGAACGACCGCCAGCUGACUGGCUCCUUCGAGCUGGCGCCGACGAGCACAGGACUGCGCGGCCGCGCCCUCUUCACCUCGCACUUCACCCAGAUGUUCGAGGCCACGCUGAGCCACCAGCUGCAGGACGCGACGCUGGACUCCUCGCUGCUGGUCACCUACGGCGGCACGCAGCUGGCCAAGGCCACCUCCACGGGCCGCUUCAGCCUGGCCCAGGACCACAACGUGGACCUGGCCGUGAAGCUGACGACGGACCUGGACGGCGUAGCUGACGCGGAGGCCAGCGUCAAGUACAGCCUGGACGCCGCGACGCUGCGCCUCGUGCUGGACGCCCAGGCCGGCCAGCGCAAGAUGAUGCUCACCGUCAACGGGGAAAAGACGGUGACGGCAGAGUCGACGGCCAUUUCCGGCGACCUCAGGUUCCUGACGCCGUUCACGAAGCCGCUCACCGCCUCGUUCACACACACGCACGACGGCCGCCGCUUCACCUCCCAAUUCGAGGUGACGCGCCUGUGGUCCACAUACAGCUUCGGCUCGCUCAAAAUGCACGCCGAAGGCCACUUCCUCUCCGAGAAGGACAUCAACCUGUCGGCCUACAUCAGCAGCCCCGAGACCAAGGGCUCCUUCUCCUUCGUCCACAAGAUCGAGAACAACAAGCUGAGCACCGUGGCCAAGGUCUACGCCAACAGGGAACUCAUCUCCGUCUCCAUCAACGGGACUCUGGACUCCGGCGCGCGCGUCCUCAGCCUGGAGGGUGACAUCACCUCCUCCUUCGAGGGUCUGGACAUGAAGGUCAAGGUGGACAGCAAGCGGGAGGGCGACGCUCAGAACACGCGGGUGGACAUUGCCCAGGGCACGCAGGCGGCCACCCUCACCCACUCCUUCGCCGCCACCGACGCCCUCAACUGGGAGAACACCUUCUCACUCAAUGAGCAGUACUCGCUCAAGAACAAGAUGGCGCUCGUGGGCGGUGAGUACCAGCACCUGAUGGAGGCCACGUGGGACGAGCAGCGGGUCGCCAUCAGCGGCCGCCUGACGCCCGUCCUCACCGCCGAGAGCCGCAAGCUGGACGGCCGCCUGGAGCUGGACACGCCCUGGGAGUGUCUCCAGAACAAGCUGGACUUCACUUUCGAGCAGCAGACUCGCGGAGAGACGACGGCCGCGGCGGAGCUGGAGUACAAGCCCGGCAGGAAGAUCACCGCGUCCACCACCAGCAGCUUCAACCACGAGGGAGAGCUCCUCUCCAGGGGCUCCCUCACCACGCCCUUCUGGCAACCCCUCAGCUACGGCCUCAGACUCGCCCUGCGUCCUGGAAAGGAAGGCUCCCUCACCCUGACCCACGGGGAGGCCACCAACGUGGACCUGCUGGCUAAGUACCAGCCGGGCCGCAUCAACUUCCAGUUCAACCUCGCCACUCCGUCCCUGCAGCACCCGCUGGGCGUCGAGGGAUCCUACGACACCACCAACGCCAUGACCAGCGCGGGCCUGGCCUUCAUCUAUUACAACAAGUACGAGGCCAAGACGACCUUCUCCGGCACCGUCCUCGACGGCGGGUGGGAGCUGAGCCUGAGGGAGUACGCCAAGCUGAGCCAGGAGUGGACGGCCGUGCACCAGCUGGACGGCAGCUGGGAGCACCGCCUCGCUGAGAUGCCUUACAGCAUCGACGCGUCGCUGCGCGUGGAGAACAACGAGUACCAGGCGGAGGCCACGAUCGACGAGACGUCCUUCACGUCCAAAAUGGUGCUGAACGGCCGCGAGGGCAGCCUGGCCGCCAGGUGGCUCCUGCAGCCCACCAACAGCAACCUGAGCGUCCUCUUCCAGUCCCCUGUCGAGCUGGUCAAGGACUUCGACCUGGGUGUCUCCUUUGACACCGAGGCCAUGGAGGGUCAGCUCAAGGUGAAGUACAACACCCAGGAGGUGGAUCUGUUGGCCAAGAUGGAGGAGGAAACCUUUGUGUUCGAGGGCAAGACUCCCUUCAGCGGCUGGGAGACCCUCGGCGCAUCCUUCUUCGCCUCCGGCACCGCCAUCAACGCCCACGUGUCCAGGAACGAGCGCAAGAUUGAGGUGACGGGCACACAGCACCUGCGCCCCGCCAAGGGCAAGCUGGAGCUGGUGGUCAUCACGCCCUACGCCGGUUUCGAGACAGUCUCUUUCGACGCCUCCUACAACUUCCUCAGCGAGAACAAGACCGUCAAAUUCAAGACCGUGUACGGCACAGCCGAGAUCUUCGCCAAGGGCGUCAUCAAGAUCGGCGACCCGCUCGCCCCUCAGGUGAUCCUCAACAUCUCGACGCCCUUCAGUGAGCUGCGCACGCUGCGCGCCACCGCCGACUGGAACCUCAACUCUGCCGCCAAGACCGCCGCCGCAAAGGUCGUCUACAACGAGCGGGAGUUCAGUUGGAACCUCGAGGCCGCCCUGCAGGGCGCCGCGCAGCGAGUGACAUCCAAGGUCACCACGCCCUUCUCCGGCUGGAGCCAAGCGUCUCUGGAUGCCUCCAUCGCGGUGUCCGAGGCGCCCUAUGAGGUGAGGGUGACCGUCGCGAAGGAGGGCGUCACCAAGGACUUCCGCGGAAGGCUGAUGCUGGACAACAACGCCAUCCACGGCGAGGUGACGACACCCAUCCCGGGCUGGGAGGAGGUGGCGCUGGAAGGCACCUACACCCGCCGCCACGACACCUUCACCGCCGCCGUCCGCGCCACUUGCGGACAACACACCUACGCGCUGAACACCGACCUCCUCUUCGACACAUACAACCCCAAGCUGCAGGUGGAAGUGACCACGCCCUUCGCCCAGGCCGCCAACCUCAAGCUGGACGUGGAGGGAAGCCUGGCCGGGCCGCAGAAGACCCUGAACGUCAUCGUCACCAAGAAUGACGUGACCUUCUCCGCCGAGGCCAGCUUCAAGCUGCAGAACAAGACGGGCUCCCUCACCCUCAAGCUGAGGUCCCCGGUGCCGGGCUUCUCCACUCUCGAGGUGGAGGGCAGCUACGACCUCCUGAGUGACGUGAAGAGAACGGAGCUGAGCGUGACCAAGGAGGGCCAGAGGCAGCACUUCGCGGUGGCCGCCACACUCAACGACAAUCACGUGGUGCUGGACGUGGCCACGCCCUUCCCCGGCUUCCAGACGAUGAAGAUGGACGCAGACUAUACCAGCAGCGCGCCGGGACAGCACCUCGUCGUGGCCUCCUUCCUCAAGGAUCGCGAGACUUACAACUUCCGCAGCGACGUGGAGGUGCGCGGCACGUCCGUGGUGGUGCGGCUGGCCACGCCCAUCGCCCAGAUCAGCCGCGUGGUGCUGGACGCCCGCUACCAAAUGCUCCGCGGCGCCUGCGAGGGCUCCGUGCGCUUCGAGAGGAACAGUGACGUGUUUGAGCUGCGCGCGCAGUGUGGCUUCACCCCGGCAGCCUGCAGCCUGUCCCUGGAGGCCGCCACGCCCAUCGCCGGCUGGAACACCGUGGCGCUGCACCUCAACUACAAGGUGGAGUCCAACAAGCUGAGCGCCGGGGCCUCCGUGCAGCGCGACGCCUUCCGUAAGGAGGUGAGCGUGGAGGCCGCCUACGGCCCGGAGCAGGGCAGCCUGACCCUGCGCACCCCUGUGCCCGACUGGGAGGUGCUGGGCGCCGAGUACGUGCUGUCCGUGACGGGAGGCAGCGAGGCCAAGGCCAUGGUCAAGGUGACCCGCAACAGCCAAGAGUUCGCCUUCUCCGCCUACGGCCGCUACACGCGGGAGAGCAUCGCCUUCAGGUUCCAGACGCCGUUCCAGGGCUACGAGGAAUCCUCCCUCCAGGCCAGUGUCAACGCGGCCUCCAGGAGCGCCAAGGCCAACCUGCAGGUCGGCUCCUACACCUUCUCCGCCAACGGCUCCUACAAUAUCGGCGACAUGUUCCUGGAACUGGCCACGCCCUUCCCGGCCCUGCGCUUCGGCUCCGUUGCCGUCAAAUACGCGGCGACGCCCGGCGGCCUCGAGGCCUCGAUCACCGUUGUACACAACGAGAACAACUACUUCCUGAUCGGCGAGGCCAGCGUGUCGCCGCGCAGCUCCGCCAUCGUCCUCCAAACCCAGACACCCCUCGCCGCGCUCCCUGACGCGACGCUCAAGCUCAAGUACAACCUUAACAGCCCCAGCGAGCUCCUCGCCGCUCAGCUGGCCGCCGGCGAGAGCACCUACAGCCUCGCGCUGGCCGCCGAGCUGCAGGAAAAACUUGCGAGCCUGAAGGUGGAGAUGAACACGCCCUUCAGGGGCUGGACACAGGUCAAGUUUGAGGCCAAGGUGGACCUGACGCAGGAGGACAAGGCCCUCGAGCUGGUCGUGGAGAGGGAGGGCAGCACCAAGGCCAUCACCGUGUACGGAAAGCUGAUCGGCUCCGCCCUCAACUUCGACCUGAGAACGCCCUUCGCCGGGCUCAACCGCAUGAACGUUUCCGGGAGCCUCGACCGCGUCAGGAGAUCCGUCGAGUUCCAGAUGAUGAACGACGCAGGGGAGGCUUCCAUCCUCGCCAGCUUCAACUGCGUCAAGUUUGAGCUCAAGACGCCCUUCUCCAAGGUGGAGGAAGUGUCCUUCGAGAUCAAGAAGGAGGACGACAACUACUAUGGCACCUGGAAGAGGAAUGACAACUACCUGACGCUGGAGCUGGUGAAGGACGCCGACCAGCAGACCGUGAAUUUGGAAAUCAAGAGUGAGCUGCAGGGCUGGGAGUUCCUGGCCCUGACUGGGCGCCUCGACCCCGAGACCGAGCAGGCGUACGCGAGCGGCCAGAUCAACGAGGAGAAGGUGGAGGUGACCAUCUCAGGCACCCGCGACGACAGGAGGAGAACCAGGCAGUACACUCUGGACCUCAAGACUCCCUACGACAACUACAAUCACGUGACGGGCGAACUCAGGUUCGGUCCAAGAAGGAGGACGAUCAUUGUGGAGUCCAACUCGUCGCCUUUCAAGAUCGACUUGAAGAGCUCGCGCCGCACGGGCCUGCAGGUGGACAUCUUUGUGCCGAACCCGACACAGAACACAGAGUUCAAACUCGACCUGACGACGAGCAAGGGCAACAUCGAGCUCACCUCCCGCUUCCCGAUCCUGAGGUCCCUCCACUACGAGUACGUCGUGAACCUGGGCAGCGAGACCGAAAUGACGCAGAAGCUGGAGAUCAACAGAAUGGAGGUGUUCACCAUGGAGUUCAAAGCCAACGCCGCUGCCGGAACGCUGCACCUUGACAUCCACGGCCGCCGCCCGGGGCGCCACCUCAACCUGCACAUCCACAAGGAAGGCCUCAACGUCUUCAACGUGAUCCUCAAGCGAGAGGUGACGAUCGGCGGCAGCACCACCGAGAAGCAGCUCUCCCUGGAAAUGACGGGCACCGGAGACCUGCCGCAGCAAGGCACCGUCCACGCCACCAUCACCAACUCCUUCGUGGCCGUGCCCAGGACCACCACCGUCCACGCCGAGAUCGAUCGCACCUCUUCCCCGAAGACCGUCAAGCUGGAAGUGACCCUCCCCGGCAAUAAGCUGUACAGCUUUGACAUCCAGUACAACGCUGAUCUGGGAGACCCUCGCCAGGGAGACUUCAGGGUGCACGUCAACACCCCUGACCGGAUGGCAGCCCCAUGGAAGGACUUCUCCGGGAACUGGGACGUCCAGAACCCAGAGCAGGCCAAGCUGGAGUUUGAGUUUGGCGGCAGGACCUACAAGGCCGAGGGAAAGCUGGGUCUACGGGAGUCUGACUUGGUGGCCACCGCCGAGGGAGUGCCCGAGAGGGUCUUCCUUCAGUGGAGGUUCCUCCGCAACUACGACGAGCGGGACUACUACGUCAAGGUCGGCCCCGAGUCGUCCUACAGGAUGGCGAAGCUCAAGGGAUCCAUCCACGGCAUCGACAGAGGCAACAUCGAGGGCGGCAUCAAGGCUUCCUUCCAGCCCCACGAGUUCCUCUUCACCACCAGCUGGGAGAGGAGCAGGCCCGGCGCGUUCAGCAGCCAGGGUGAUUUUUCUUACGGCCAGUACAGGGGCACACACAACUUCCAGCUCAACCGUGACGCCGCCACCAAGUCCGCCAGUUUCCAAUUCAAUGCCGACUCAAACCACCCGAACUACAAACGCGUGGUUCUCAACGGCAACUACGACGUUCUGGACAAGCUGGUGUUCAAGGCCGAAGCCACCGUCAACGACCGCGUCAACAAAAUCGACAUCGACAUCUCCGACCUUAACCCGCGCCGCUCAAGAAACUCCAUCGAGGCCGCCUUCCCGUUCCUUCCCCCUGAGUACCGCACGUUCCAGAUGACGCUGAGACACGACUUCCGCAGAAACUCCAACAAGUUCAUCCACGCCGAAGCCACGAUUGGGCAGCGUGAGUCCCACCUCAAGGCCAAUUGGAAGCGCAGCGACGACUUCGAUGUUCUGGAGGGCACCCUCGACAUCAACUCAAUCUUCAUCGGUGAAGUUAAUGUAGGCCUGGAGUACGACAUGUCCAACAUCAACGACGCCCACGCCAAGGUGCACUACAAGAGGAUCGCCGAGGGCCAGCCCGAGAAGAAGGUGGACGCCUCGUGGACCCGCAAAAGGACUGAAGACAGGCUGGAGGCUGAGGUGACCCUUGAUACCACCUUCGAGCUGCUGCAACACGCCCGCGCCUACGCCACGGCUGACUUCUCUCAGCUGUUCACCCUCGACGCAGGGCUCGACCUCAACGACAAGCACGCCACCAUCAAGUUGGACGUGGGCGGCAACGCCGUCCAGAUGGAAAUCACCACACCGAUUCCAAACUUCGAGAACAUCAAGGGAACGAUCAAUUACAAUCUCGGCGGCAAGAACCAGUCCGUGACUCUCCACUACGAGCGAGGCGACCAGAAGGUGGACCUCGAACUGAACCUCAUUAAGAAGUCCAAGAAGAAAGGCGACCUCACACUCAACCUGACGACGCCCUUCCAGGCUCUGCGCAUCCUCAAGAUCGAGGCGACCUGGAACAAGCGCCAGGCCAGCGUGGAGUACCUCAGGAACGACGUGCGCGUCAGCAUGACCGGCACGGCACAGCUCGACGCCAACAACUCAGAAUUCAACCUGUCCUUCACGGCGCCCAGCGGCAGGGCCGUCACCAUCGCCGCCGCCUACGACGUGGAGGCGUUCAUCUCAGGGACGGGCACCAGUCCCGCCAAGCUGGCCGCCCUCGCUGUCGACAUCGGAGAAACCAAGGCCAGGUUUGAGCUGAACGGCUUCCGCAGCAGUGAGCGCCUCUACGUCGAGGUGCACGGCGAGUCGUCCUUCGAACUGGUCAGAAACUUCCACCUCAAGUUGGACUCGGAGCUCAACACACAAAAACGCGACGGAGCCUUUGAGUUCAGGCUCAACGAGUUCAUCUUUGAAAUGCACAACCACUUCGAGAGGUUCGACGACGGCUACUACACGAAGAGCAGAAUCGAGUCUUCCCUGACGCCGCUCCCUGCACUCGUGUUCGGGCUGGGCCGCCGCGGAUCUGAGCUCAUCUUCACCCUCGGCUACGGCGAGGAAAAGGAACUCACCUUCUCCAUCAAGGCCAAAAAUGGCUUCCGCGAUGGCUUCACCGGCUCAGUGGACAUUCCUAACUUCGGCUACGACGGCGUCGAGUACGAUGUGACCUACAGCUUCCCCAGCAACGAUGAGCUGGAGAUUGAACUAAAGGCUGAGCUCGGCGGCACCCAACACCUGGAGGCAGAAUUCGAGUACAAGUCUGACGGCGUGAAGGCUCGCCUGACCUCACCCUUCACCGGAGAACACAGCGCUCGCGUGCGUCGCUCCGUCACCGCCGACGGCUUCUUCUCCGAGGUGGCUUUCGACGACUACAGCAUGAAUCUGCGCGGCGGCUUCCAGGAGGGCGACAUGAAGCGCGGCGUGGUGCUGGAGGCAGACAUUCUCGGCCGCGAGUUCCUCUUCAACUACCAGCUGCAGAGCGAGGGUCCGCAGUACACGGAGGGCAAGCUGGUGCUGCAGACGCCCUUCCGAGGCUGGGAAAAGAUGGGCGGCUUGUUCACCUUCUCCAGCGUCAGCCGACGAGUGUUGGCGCGCGCCGAGGUCUUCAUCCCCUUCUUCCUCAACAUCCCGAGGAUCACGGGGGCCAUCGACCUGGACCUCAACGAUAAAAUCGAGGGCGAGGUGACCCUGAACGUGGCGGGCGAACAGUUCAGCCUGAGGAGCAGCCUGACGGGCGCCUCCCUGCAGGAAGGCCUCCAGGGCACCGUCUGGCUGGUGACCCCCUUCCACGCCCUCCCCAGACUCGAAGCGGCUGGCAAGAUCAAGAUGCCUUCCCUCACCACCCUUGAGGCCGACCUUAAGAUCACCCACAUCUACACCACCUACGAGAUCGACCUCUCCUACGAGCUGUCCUCCACGCAGAAGAAGGUGCAGCUGCACAUCGAUGACAACUUCCUGACGGCAGAGUGCACAAUGGGCGAGUCCCGCUUCACCAUGAGCGUGGACACGCGGUGGGCGGACGUGCGGCGCCAGCUGUCCGUGGACACCCGCUACUCCAUGCUGGAGGACCUGGAGGGGUCCGUGACGGCCGUGCUGGGCGAGCACAGCCACAAGCUGCAGGGCGUCCUCAGCAUCGCCGGCAACCGCGUGCGUGGCGAAGUGAACCUCGAGUCCUCCUUCAUCGGCGGGGUCCGCAAGCUGGAGUUCAACGCGACCGUCCCCAACACGACCUUCGACCAGGUGUCCUUCAGCGUGACCCUCACGGCCACGCAGGUGCACGCCUUCUCCCUGGACCUGGACACCCGCCAGGGCCUGGAGGCCACCGCCAAGAUCGACACCCCCGCCUUCCCCCAAGCCACCGCCACCCUACAGCUGACGUGGCCCCGCGCCGCCCUCACCGUCACCACGCCCGAGGCCACGCACACGGCCGCCCUGUCCUGGAGGCAGACCCGCAAGAUGCCCGCCGACCAGAUCGUGAACGUUGAGCUGGACACACCGUUGCUCGGCCAGAGGUACGCGCUCAGCAUGGUGGUGGGCGGCAGCCGCUCCAAGGCCGUGGUGAAGGCCGAGCUGCAGGCCGGCAGCGUCAAGCACACCCUCGAGGCAGAAACCUUCAAGCGGGCUGCCGCGGGAGGCUUCGCCAUCCACAUCGAGACGCCAUUCCAGAACAUCCAGAGGGUUACUCUAUCAGGGCUCCUGGACAUGUCCGCGGGAGUGACGGUGAACGCCGUAGCCAACCUGGCAGACAGCGAGAACGCCUUCGUCUUCAUCUACAACGCCGAGCAGGGAACGCUCCUGGCCGAGGCGGCGUCCCCGUACAUCCCCACCGGGCUGGUCAAGGCCUCGGCGGAGGUCACCGAGGAAAGUGCCAACAAGAGCCUGCAGGUGGCACUCACGAACUCCCGCGACGUCAUCUCAGGACGCUUCGACCUGACGAACUCCAACAACAACGAGGUUAUCGUGCGCGCCACGAUCUCCACCCCAAUGGAGGCGCUGAAGACCGUCAACGCCGUCAUCAAGUACCAGAAGGCUGAGGUCACGCACAUGGUGUUCUCCUUGGACCACCCCAUCACCUUCAGGGCCGAGGUCAAGUUCUCCAACACGGACGACAAGUUCAUCGGCAAUGUGACCGCCAAGACGUCCAUCGCCAGCCUGGAGUACGUGGAGGCGGACAUCGAGAUCCCGUUCACGGAGUUCGCGCCCCGAGCUUCCCUCACGCUGCCCAAGAGCAAGUAUGGCUUCGAGGCGAACUACUCGACGGAGGGCUACACGAAGAAGGCCGCGGCGACCCUCUACCUCGACGACCAGAGCCACGGGGCCAACCUCGGCUUCAGGAGCAAGGCGCCCUACGAGCUGGCCUACAAAUACCACAUCCUCAACUGUAGCAACGCCUUCCACCUCAGAACCGACUCCUCCUUCUUCACCCUCUUGAUGUAGGGCCGCAGCGCCAUGACCUUACCCAGCCGGUGUGUUCCCUAGUUAGUACGCAACAUUCCAAGCAACACUCACGUCAGAGGAGAGAAGAGUAUCUAGGAAUCUGAGCCAAGGGGUGAAAAAAUGAAUUAUAUAACCAAUGUGCCGAACGUCUAGCAAGUUUUAUUUUUGCGACUUCAGCUCAAGUCAUCUUCCAUCUCCUGAGUUCUAAGAUUGGGGGCACAGAAUGACGAACACACCCCAGCGUCCAUGCGGCAAGCUCUCCCUCCCUCGGCCCUUCCCUGCAGCACCACCAGCCAUGCAGCCAGACCCUCCCAUGACCACCUUUUGCGGGUCUGUCCUGAUCAACGUAACAAUUAGAAGGAGUGUCGAAGCUGACGAUGGGAUUUGAAAUGGCUAAGCUUGACGUCCCUACACAGCGAGGGAGGGCUUGACAAAUGUGACAGUUCCCGGCAAGCCCUCAACGCCCUCGCCCCGUCCCACAGAUAAAACCUUGACAACUCAAUCUCUAGUCAAAGGUCCCGGAACAAGCAUUAGAGGAAGAGUGUGUGUAUAGUGCAUAGAGUAUAGCUUGUGUUCCCUUAUCAUUCUUGAGCUUGAGCCUGAUGUUAAGACCCGAACCAUGCAAUGUAUAUAGACCUACCCAUCAUACUCAUGUACCAAUAAUAUUAAUAGUGGUAAUAAUAGUAAUAAACUCAUACAAUUAAACUCA